CCAUUGUGUUGAUUUGCUAACCCGAAAGAACAGAGGAGUUAGUGCGUGUGAGAGCGGGCACUGUGAACUGCGUUACUAUGCUGUAGCCCAAUAACCACACAUUCGGAAUCAAAACGUGCAAUUUAGAUUGACUUUAUCUUGUUUACAAAGAUAAGUGAAGAAACUGCUGAGGAGGGAAAGCGAGCCUCAUGAGUUGGCCUGGCGGAUCUCAGCGACGUUAUGGAUUUGACUAAAAUGGGUAUGAUCCACCUCCAGAACCCCAACCACCCCACGGUCCUGCUGCAGAAGGCCAACCAGAUGCGUCUGGCAGGGACCCUCUGCGACGUGGUCAUCAUGGUGGACAGCCAGGAGUUCCAUGCUCACAGAACCGUGUUGGCCUGCACCAGCAAGAUGUUUGAGAUUCUGUUUCACCGUAACAGCCAGCAUUACACCCUGGACUUCCUUUCACCAAAGACCUUCCAGCAGAUCCUGGAGUACGCCUACACUGCCACACUCCAGGCCAAAGUGGAAGACCUGGACGACCUGCUGUACGCAGCAGAGAUCCUAGAAAUCGAAUACCUGGAGGAGCAAUGUCUCAAGAUCCUGGAGACCAUCCAGUCCUCGGAUGAUAAUGACACGGAGGCCAAUAUGAACGAUGGCGGCACGGAGGAAGAAGACGAGCGCAAGGGCCGGCAAGGAGGGAAGAACGCUAAGAAGCAUUCCAUGGAGGGGAGCUUCCUUUCAGCCACCCAGCAAGCCUCUGCCCUGGACCAGAGCCCCUCCGUCUCCACAUCCUUUGGGCUCUCCACCAUGAGCCCAACCAAAGCUGCCGUGGACAGCCUGAUGAGCAUUGGCCAGUCCCUCCUGCAGCAGGGCUUCGGGGGAGAGCACCUGACUCACGGCAACUCCCACCGCCAACUGAUGACCGAGAUCAAGACGGAGAUGAUGCAAGUGGAUGAAGGCGGAGGCCACGAGAGCCCGAGAACCAUGGAGUCCAGCGCCUCCAGCAAUGGUGAGAGGAGCGGCGAGUUGGACAAGAACCGUGACGGCCCAGGGACCCCGACCAGGAGCAGCGUGAUCACAAGUGCCCGCGAGCUGCACUACGUCCGGGAGGAUGGCAUGGGCGACCCCCAAGCAGAUGGUGGCCAAAUGGGUCUCGAAGCCAUGGCUGGCAUGACAGGCAUGACUGAGAAACAGCUGACCUCCCUGUACUCUCUGCCUCCCAAUCAUAAAAACGAAGUUAUGCGAUCCAUGCCGGCCUCCAUGGCCUCUUCUCUCCACAUGUCCCCUGCCCUGGCCAUGUCCAUGGACUUCAGUGCCUACGGGGGACUUCUGCCCCAGAGCUUCAUCCAGAGGGAGUUCUUCAACAAGCUGGGGGAGCUGGCCGCUGGCAUGAAGCCAGAUGGCAGAAACCAGCACGAACGCUGCAACGUGUGUGGCGCAGAGCUACCAGACAACGAAGCUGUAGAGCAACACCGGAAGCUGCACAGCGGUAUGAAGACCUAUGGAUGUGAGCUGUGUGGGAAACGCUUCCUGGACAGCCUACGCCUUAGGAUGCACUUGCUGUCUCACUCAGCUGGUGAGAAGGCCAUUGUCUGUGACCAGUGUGGGGCCCAGUUCCAGAAGGAGGAUGCUCUGGAGGCUCACAGACAGAUCCACACAUGCUUGGACAUGGCCAUCUUCUGUCUGCUGUGCGGGAAGCGUUUCCAGACACAGCCGGCACUGCAGCAGCACAUGGAGGUCCACGCCGGCGUGCGCAGCUACAUCUGCAGCGAGUGCAAUCGCACCUUCCCCAGCCACACCGCUCUCAAACGCCACCUGCGCUCGCACACAGCAGGUGACCAUCCAUAUGAGUGCGAGUUCUGCGGGAGCUGCUUCCGUGACGAGAGCACUCUGAAGGGCCACAAGCGCAUCCACACCGGGGAAAAGCCCUACGAAUGUAACGGCUGUGGGAAGAAGUUCAGCCUCAAGCACCAGCUGGAGACCCACUACCGUGUGCACACAGGUGAGAAGCCGUUUGAGUGCAAGCUGUGCCACCAGCGAUCUAGGGACUACUCGGCCAUGAUCAAACACCUGCGCACCCACAACGGAGCGUCGCCCUACCAAUGCACCAUCUGCCUUGAGUACUGCCCCAGCCUCUCGGCCAUGCAGAAGCACAUGAAGGGCCACAAGCCCGAAGAUGUCCCCCCAGACUGGAGGAUAGAGAAGACCUACCUGUACCUCUGCUAUGUCUGAGACCUCCAGACGACAGCCCGGGGGAAGGAAGACAGGCAGAGGAGGAGGAUGGGGCUGAGGAAGGAAGGGGCUGAGGAAGGAAGGGGAGGAUGAGGAGAAGGAGGAGGAGGACGAGGCCUGUGGCGAAGAAGUCAAGCGAGAUAAUCCAUGAGAUGGAAGCACAGGCGGUUUUUGAAUGCGAAGAGAGCGAAUGAGCAGAGGGCAAAGGUGGACACAGUGAGGAAAAGGGCUGGGCUAGGCGCAGGAAAACUGAGGUUCUGACCGAGAGGACAUUUCCCCUUAAAAUUCAUGUCGUUCAGUACAUCUAUCUAUGUUUUGUUUGGAGUUGUCAAAUUGCCUAACACAGAACCCGUCGGUAUGUCGAUGGAGUUGUCCUUAAGUCUACCCACAGACUUAAGAGAUGUCACCCAAGCCACACUUGUAACUGAACUGAUUCUCAAAGGCUAUCUGAACCCACACCUCCCCAUCAUUUUGACCACUGGCUCUCCCUAAAUGUAGUUUUGACAUGGAAUGGAAUUGUAUCCUACUGUAACUUGGGUGGGUCAUUGCUCUCGUUCCAUGACACAGUACUACAGAUCCCCUCCUGAUUUGAUUGGAUUAAACUGGACACCAAGUCAUGUUCUGCUUGAGGAACAUGUUGCAGUUGGCCACUACCCAAGCCAUUGUUUACCAGAGUGCUCCAAAAUGGAGUCUUCAGACCUGGUGGAGAGCACUGGGGGAGAGCACACAGAGCACUUAGGACCCUAUAGUGGAGUAGUGCCAUUCAGAUAGCCCCCGAGAAUCAGAGCCUACGGGCCAGACCAUGUGGCACAUUUCAGCCAGCCCUAUGGAAAAAUAGCACCAUUUAUUGUACUGCAUUAGCCGAAGCGAAGUUGAAUUUGAUUGGGGCACAACACCUUCGUACCCACGCAGAGGGUUGUCUUUUGUACAGCAAGGGAGAUGAACAGAGGAUGAUAUUCCCAUAUCGGUCAGGUUUCACCGGGAACCUCUUGAGAGUCAAACCAUGACUGUCAAUUUUUUCAUCUCUGUAUCUUUGGCUCCGCAUCAUAGUUUAUCAUAGCUUCAUUGCACAGGUAAAGACACAUUACGACGACAGUCUCUGUUUGAUGUUUAUAUCAGAUCUAUUUUUGAGGGGUUUGCUCGCUGCGAAGCCGCUGUUCUUUUAUCUCUUAAACCAUAAAUCUCUAUACAGCAUUAACUGGAGAUGUUAAUUUUUUCCCCGUUAUAGAUACUGGACUGAUAUUAAUAUACGUUUAACCAGAUUAUCAUCAAUUACACUAAGAUUUAGUACAUGGACUGACUCAUAACAUUUAACGAUUUUCUCACAUUAAUAAUCUCAUAAUCUCUAUAUGCCAUUGUGAUGGAGACCAAAAUGACAAAGGCUGCUGUGGAUUGCUCCAAGGGGUGGUCGUAAUGCCUUCAUAAUGCAAUUAUAAGGAGAUAUGGCACCUGUUACAACAGGACAUAUAUACUGUUAUGUCGCGUGAAACCAUAAAUGUGACACCAGGUGGAAAAUUGUGUUUCAUGCGCAAUUGUAACAGUGCUAUAUCAGUUGUCAUAAGUGUCAAAUAUGUUGUCAUAAGUUGUCGUAACCUGUUACGACAAGCAUUAUAUCUGUUCAUAUGGCAGCAUAAUGAAGACAUUAUGAGCACCACUGUCAGUUCAGUGUUACCAUGGUAAUCACAUAUCUGAAUGAUUAGCGGGAGAGGGGGGUGGGUGGCUUCACUGAUUGGAAGAGACAUGGCCUGCCCAGCCCAGGGGGCGACCAGUAAGAAGACAGAAUAAAUCAACUCUUUAUAUAUGGUUUUGUUCCUUCGCUUUGUCUGUGUUUCCUAUUAUGUCUUGAUUUAGCUCAGCACAUUGUACUUGAAUUACCUCGUUUUUUUGUGACCUCAUGUGCUUGUGUUUUUAUUUCUUGUAUUGUUUUUUGUGUGUGUGUGUGUGUGUGUGUGUGUGUGUGUGUGUCCGAAAGCUGCGUUGUUGCGCGAGGGAGAUGUGACAAAGCAAUGUGUACGCGAAAAUUAAGUGCCACGGUGAAAAGAGAUUUUUAUUGUUGUGUAUUUUUGUGCAUUAUUGUUACCAAACUUGGUAUUUUUUUAUGAACCUUGCUUGUUGAAAAGCUGGUGGGAUCGGUCAUUGUUUAAAAGCUACCUCUAAGUUGUUUUGUUUGAAUUUUUGCAAAAGCACAUUUGUUUUCUGUGUGUUUUGCAUUAUUGCAUCAUUGCAACUUCAUCUCAUGCUUUCAAGUGUUGAUUUAUUGUCUUUUCACAUCUGUAAGUGACAUUUAUAUAAAGGGUAAGAGAUGGUAGAUAUUGUUAGAAAAAAAUUAAAAUUAAACAAGUGUUUAUUCUUCUCUUACAGUCUGCGUCCGUCCUCCCCUUACAGUAACCUUAAGAGCAGAGAAGAGAUUUUAAGGCCUUAAGUAUGGGGUAAGAGGGAUGAACGCAGUAGAAGAAGAAAUAGUACUUAUAAGAGUUUAAAAAAGCAUUAAACUUGAAAAUAUGUGAAUAGAAUUGUAGUUUUGUAAUGUGAAAAAAAGAAGGUCAUGUACACAGCGAUGUAGUGUGCCCUGGACAAUUGGGACUGCAAGUGGUAAUCAAAGAAGAAAGGAAGGUUAGGAAAAAAAGAGAUCCUCUUGGUCGACAAUUUCUCUCAAAGGAGUGUAUUCCUGAACAAGAGCCAACAGAGGCAGUUUGAUAUAUAAAAAUGGUGAUAUUUUUGUAUUCGGUGUCAGUCCCUUCCCAUUUGUCGAGUUUCAGCAGGGCAAAUAUUUGUAUUUCUUCUUUUUUUUACCUCGUUUUUUUUCCUCUGGUUUUGAAUCUUUUGCCUUGCUCCUCUUUGGUAAUGUUGGACGUAUGUAUGUGUGUGUGUGUGUGUGAACAUGUUGUAUGUAGUAAGUGUUGCUUUCUGGAUGUCAAUGCAUUGUAGGUGAAGGACUAAAUCUGCCAAAAAAAAUAAAAGAGAUCAUUCAAAAUGGAUGGCUGGGAGGCUGCCGUCGAUCAAUUAGUACACGUCAUUCACAGUUUUAUUGUCAACAUUUAGUUUUUGUACUUGAAGUGACAAAAAAAGGAUGACAUGGUCAUAGUGGCCCAUGGUUGUCUCGUCACUGAUUCUCCAACACUGUGAGCUGAGGGCUUUCCCUCGUCCAAUUUUCACCAGAAUAAUAACUUCAGUCACCAUUCAGUGUGGCAGGCCAGAGAGCCCGAAACGAUCACAUCACACUUCAAUGACUAGAGGUAUUCAAUCACAUGCUCUUAUUGUUGUCUGAAUGUUUUAUACUUUUUGGUGUGUGUGUGUGUGUGUGUGUGUGCAUAAAUGAAAGUGCGUGUGCGUGUAUUAAUGAAAAAUGCACUAAUCAGAUACAAAAUAAAAAACAAUGCUCUAUGCUACUUUUCUCUCGACAUGUUGAAAGAAAACACAUUGGUAUUGAUAUAGUUCUUCCCUCAAUGUUACUCUGUUUCUGUAAUAUCUUUGUGCCUAAAAUGGAAAUUGUUCAACAAAAAUGUCCAUCUAUAUCUGCUUAGUUUCUGUACUUUCAGAAGAUAAUAAAUGGUGUCUCCAGCACUCUAGGGAUGUCAUGACGAUUUGAGAUGACCUGAUUUUCUGAUUUAGAAUCAAAAAGGAGCUGUCAUCUAGGACUGCUUUAGCCUAAAAUUGGUAGUGGGCAAAACCACCUUUUGAUGUUUAGUUUUUUGUUCUUCGUCUGUAAUUGACACCCAAAAGCAAUGUAAUUCAUUUACGCACAAACAGCAAGGAAGAAAAAUGUCAAUUUAAAGAUGAUAGAACAGUCCCGGGCCAUGGAAAUAGUAUGCAUUUUUUGUUUUCAAUCUGUUCUGAAGGACAUUUGCCUGUUCAUUUUGGAAAUCAAAGUCAAAGUUUGUUUUUCAUUUGAUAAUAUUUUGUUGUCAGCAACAGGUUUGCUGAGCAGUUAAUGUCCUUCCAACCACUUUGGCAGCUUGUCAAAACCAUAGUGUUGCCCCAGCUUAACAUUAGGACUUUUCUGUUAAGUACUUGUUUCCAAAUUGCAUUAAAAAAAUAUAUUUUUUAAAGCUGUACGAAAUCAUGGCAUCCCUGGAGUAGGCACUCUGUGUUUCAGUGUGGUGUUCUAGAACGAGUAGCCAUUUUAUGCAGUGUUGCCAUGCAUGUGCCAUUUGAGGUCUAAACUAAACUGUUUGAGUAACAAAGCACCAAGACAUUGUCUUUUUUAUAUUGGCACUGAGGACCAAUUGCCCUGUCGGACCAAGCAUUACAAAGCUUUUUAUGUAACAAAGCUUUCUCUCUCUUUCUCUGGCUUGUCUGUGAUUUUGUUUCUUUCUUCCUUGUUGUGACAGCACAAGUGCCAGUCGAGUUGCUCUGUAUUAAGAAAAUAGUGUUUUUAUGAUUUGAAUUGUUAUAGUUUUCGUCUACCUCAGCACCUAAUCUUAGCCUAAUCUUAGAAGGUGCCCAAUUAUUAUUUUAUUUUUCUCUUUUUUUUGUUGUCAUUUGUAUAAAAAUGAUUUUGUUUUGCAUUAGAGCUUUGCCAAGGUCCUCUGUCUUUUCCAGCGACGUGCUGUGUCUGUGAUCCUGCUUCCCAUGUGCGAGUUGUGCCACGGAUCCCAGCAUCUGUCUGUUGAUUUAGAGUGGUUUUUCUUUCAGUUUAGGAUCAGACACAUCUCUUUGUAACAUUUCAGUGUUCUCUGAUGGAGUGUAAAAAAAAAAAAAAUAAAUAAAAGAGAUUAAAUGCUGCAGGUUUUCUUCUCCAUGUUGUCACUAAGUACAUUUUGUGCCUUCGAUAGUGAAAGAUAAUAUUUUUUACAUCCUAACAGUAGAUUGUUUUGUAGUGAACAUUUUUUGUAUUUUUAUUUAUGAGUCUCAUAUGGAAAAUAACAAUGUUCAGUUGUAUACCUUCAAUCUGCAGUUAGAAAAUAAAUAAAAAAUCGACUUGAGU